UCUGUAAUUCUUCCCAUAGAAAUAGAAUGAGCCAAGGUGAGGUUCCACGUCUCCAUGUCUCAGGAACAUUUCCUACCAUCUUGCUUUCUUCUCUACUCUUUUUCCUACUUGUGGGUCAGAGUGCAGGCGAUGGUUACUUGCUCUACACCUGCACAAAUAAGGCCAAUUUCACCAACAGCAGUGCAUUUCAAGACAAUCUAGAUCUCAUCCUCUCUAAGCUUUCAGCUGCAGCAGCAAAUACUGGAUUUUAUAACGACACCGCCGGCCGGAUUCCGGACAAAGUCUACAGUCUGUUCCUGUGCAGAGGAGAUGUUAACUUAGAUAUCUGCCAGACAUGCGUCCAAGCUGCAAGUCAAGACCUCGUCAAAGUCUGCCCCUACCAGAAGGAGGCAAACAUAUGGUAUGAUCAGUGUAUGCUCAGAUAUUCGAACCGACCCAUCUUCUCGACUCUCGACUUAGACCCAUCUAGAUCUGGGUAUCCAAAUCAGUCUAGUAAUGUUUCCGGUCAUGUCGAGCAACUUGAUCGAGCGUUAAAUAAAACAUUCACUGAUAUUAUUGCCCGUGCUGCCUUUAGUACUUCAAUUAAAUUCGCAACUGGAGAAGCUGCUUUUGAUACACUGCGGACUGUAUAUUGUCUUGCACAGUGCACCCCAGAUAUAUCUGGGAGUGAUUGUUAUUUAUGUUUGAAUACUGCUAAGGCAUAUUUAGGUAAGUGUUGUGAUGGAAAUGAAAGGGCAGCGCAACUCUGGCCGAAUUGUGUUCUGAGAUACAGCAUAUACCCAUUCUAUCAACCCAAAGCUCCUCCGCCAUCUCUGUCAACAAACGCAACCGCAACCGUGAUACAAGUGAUCAAGGAACCAAAUUCAUCUCAUCUUCCCAUCAUUAUCGCCACUUCAACUGUCAUGGUAUUUUUACUUCUAUCCACUGUGUUCUACUUAAGAAGUAGGAGGAGAAACGGCAGGAGGAUGAGAAGAUCAAACCCUAACGUCAAUGAUGUGGACGAGAUUAUAAGCGUGGAAUACUUGCAAUUUGAGUUUAAUUUGAUAAGGGCUGCCACGAAUAACUUUUCUACUGCUAAUAAGAUUGGCCAAGGUGGAUUCGGUUGUGUUUACAAGGGUACAUUCUCAACUGGGCAAAACGUGGCAGUAAAGAGGCUCUCCAAAAAUUUUGGACAGGGUGAAGUAGAAUUCAAAAAUGAGAUUGUAUUAGUAGCCAAACUUCAGCACAAAAAUCUUGUGCAAUUAUUAGGAUUUUGCAUACAAGGGGAAGAAAGGUUAUUAAUCUAUGAAUUCGUGCAAAAUACAAGCUUGGAUAAUUUCAUAUUUGAUCCAACCAAAUGUAGUCAAUUAAAUUGGAGCACACGGCACAAGAUCAUAAGAGGCAUUGCUCGAGGACUUCUUUAUCUUCAUGAAGAUUCUAGAAUUAAAAUUAUCCAUCGAGAUCUUAAAGCUAGCAACAUUCUUUUAGAUGAUGAGAUGAACCCAAAAAUUUCAGAUUUUGGCAUGGCAAGGCUUUUUGUAGUUGAUCAAACUCAAGCAAAUACAAGUCGAAUUGUUGGAACUUAUGGAUACAUGGCCCCAGAGUAUGCAAUGCAUGGGCACUUCUCAGUUAAGUCAGAUGUAUUUAGUUUCGGUGUGCUACUACUAGAAAUUGUUAGUGGAAAGAAGAAUAACUACUCCCAUCAGUCAGAAAGUUCAGAAAAUCUUCUUAGCCAUGCAUGGAGAUACUGGAAUGAAGGAACGUUAUUAGAGUUGAUGGAUACGACUCUGAUCAAUAAUUACUCUGGACAUGAAGUGUUGCGAUGCAUUCAUAUUGGACUAUUAUGUGUUCAAGAAAACACAGUUGACAGGCCAACUAUGGCAUCGGUUGUUCACAUGCUCAGUUGCAACUCUGAAAAUUUACCCAUACCUUCAGCGCCAGCCUUUUUCAUCCCUACUACAAGAGAGGGAGACUUGCCUCCUAGAGAGCAUUAUUCAUCGACAACUGAGUCAUCCACAAGUAAGCCACUACUGUCUACAAAUAAUGUAUCAAUUACCGAAUUACACCCUCGAUAGAAGUUGUGCUUCGAAGAUUACUCUUGUAGUGUAUUCUCAUGAACAUGAUAUGUGGCAUUUACAAAAAUAAAAAUAAAAGAAAAAACACAUGAUAUCUGGCCACUAAUGUAAUUUAAAGUAAAGUUGGAAAUUAAAGCCUUAUUUUCUUUGWGGGUUAAAGACAGCAUCAACUUAAACCACUAUACAUAGGUUAUAUUACAUUGGCUUAGCUUGUCUAUUGUAGAAUCUCAUGCCAGGUUAAUGAAACUUUCAUACCCAUGAUGGGGCAUGGAACGUUACAUUUCUAAUGUUAUUCAA